GAGCGGCCCGCACUUGCCGCCGUCCCCGGGAGCCGGAGCGAGCGGGCCCGCCGCGGGCAGCCAUGAACUUCCUGCGGGGCGUCAUGGGGGGGCCGAGCGCCGGGGCCCAGCCCUCCGGGGCCGAGACGAUUCAGAAACUCUGUGAUCGUGUCGCUUCAUCUACUUUAUUGGAUGAUCGAAGGGAUGCUGUACGUGCUCUCAAGUCAUUAUCAAAGAAAUAUCGGCUGGAGGUGGGGUUCCAGGCUAUGGAACAUCUUAUCAAUGUUCUCCAGACAGACCGUUCAGAUUCCGAAAUAAUUGGCUACACUUUGGACACUCUCUUCAAUAUAGUAUCGAAUGAUCUAGAAGAGGAAGAACAAGAUGAUUUGGAAGAAGAAAAUUCACAAAAACAGGUUGAUGAUCUGGGAAGACAGUUUACAGAAAUCUUCAUUAAACAGCAAGAAAAUGUCACUCUCCUGUUGACCUUUCUAGAGGAAUUUGACUUCCAGGUUCGCUGGCCUGGAGUGAAACUUCUUACAUCAUUGUUAAAGCAGCAAGGACCCCAGGUGCAGCAGAUAAUUCUUGUCAGUCCCAUGGGUGUCUCGAGGCUCAUGGAUUUACUCGCAGAUUCUAGGGAGGUGAUACGGAAUGACGGAGUCUUGUUACUGCAGCAGCUGACAAAAAGCAACGCCGCCAUUCAGAAAAUAGUUGCUUUUGAAAAUGCCUUUGAGAGACUGCUGGAUAUAGUAACAGAUGAAGGGAACAGCGAUGGAGGAAUAGUAGUGGAAGACUGUCUUCUCCUGUUACAAAAUUUGUUAAAGAACAAUAAUUCCAAUCAGAAUUUCUUUAAAGAAGGUUCGUACAUUCAGCGUAUGAAACCUUGGUUUGAAGUUGGAGAUGACAACUCUGGUUGGUCUGCACAGAAAGUAACUAAUCUUCAUCUAAUGUUGCAGCUUGUGCGGGUGUUGGUGUCCCCCACAAACCCACCUGGUGCCACCAGUAGUUGUCAAAAAACUAUGUUUCAUUGUGGGUUAUUACAGCAGCUCUGCACGAUCCUGAUGGCAACGGGCGUUCCUGCUGACAUUCUGACCGAGACCAUCAACACUGUGUCAGAAGUCAUUCGAGGAUGCCAGAUAAACCAAGACUACUUUGCUUCUGUAAAUGCACCUUCAAAUCCACCAAGGUCUGCAAUCGUAGUACUUCUGAUGUCCAUGGUGAAUGAAAGGCAACCAUUUGUACUGCGCUGCGCUGUCCUUUACUGUUUCCAGUGUUUCUUAUACAAAAACCAAAAAGGACAAGGGGAAAUCGUUUCAACACUUCUACCAUCAACCAUAGACGCUACAGGUAAUUCUGUGUCGGCUGGCCAACUGCUCUGUGGCGGACUCUUUUCCACGGACUCUCUCUCAAACUGGUGCGCCGCCGUGGCCCUGGCCCAUGCUUUACAAGAUAACGCAACUCUGAAAGAGCAACUGCUAAGAGUUCAGCUUGCAACAAGUAUUGGUAACCCUCCAGUGUCUUUGCUGCAACAGUGCACCAACAUUCUUUCACAGGGUGAUAAGAUCGACAGACGGGGCAGCAAAGUGCAGACAAGAGUUGGAUUAUUAAUGCUGCUUUGUACCUGGUUAAGCGAUUGUCCAAUUGCUGUCACACACUUUCUGCACAACUCCGCCAAUAUUCCAUUUCUCACUGGGCAGAUAGCCGAAAACCUUGGAGAAGAGGAGCAGUUAGUUCAAGGCCUGUGCGCACUUUUGCUGGGAAUUUGCAUUUAUUACAAUGACAAUUCCCUCGAAAAUUGUAGGAAAGAGAAACUAAAACAGCUGAUAGAGAAGAGGAUUGGCAAGGAGAACUUCAUCGAGAAACUAGGUUUCAUUAGCAAACACGAACUGUAUUCUAGAGCUGCUCAGAAACCUCAGCCUAGUUUUUCUAGCCCAGACCACAUGAUGUUUGAUCACGAAUUUACUAAACUGGUAAAGGAAUUGGAGGGUAUCAUAACUAAAGCUAUUUACAAGUCUAGUGAAGAAGACAAACAGGAAGAGGAGGUGAAGAAGACAUUGGAACAGCAUGACAACAUUGUGACUCACUAUAAAAAAGUCAUUAGGGAGCAGGAUCAGCAGCUUGAAGAGUUAAAGCAGAAAGUUAAUACUUUAAAAUCCCAGAACGAACAGCUUCAGACAGCAGUGACGCAGCAAAUGUCUCAAAUCCAGCAGCACAAGGACCAGUAUAAUCUCCUUAAAGUACAGCUAGGAAAGGACAAUCAGCAUCACACUUCCCACAGCAAUACGCUUCAGAUGAAUGGCAUUCAGCCAGAAGAAAUCAGCAAAUUGCGACAGGAGAUAGAAGAAUUGAAAAAUAAGCAUGAAGUGCUACAGGGACAGCUGAGAGAAAAGGAUUCUGUGAUUGAAAACAUGAAGUCUUUGCAGUCAGAAACAGGAACAAAUGAGCAAUCCUCACAGAUAACUGCUGGAUUGGAGCAUGGUAACGAACUACAUAGGGAACUAGAAGCCUUGAGGAUCCAAAUACAGUCACAGUCUUUGGACAUCUCUAAACUUCAGUCUGAGAAACAGGAGCUGCUACAACAAAUGGGCCUGUUCAGAACCACGCCCUAUUGCUGGGGAAAAGCAAAGAAUACAGCUUCGGUUCCUGCUCUGGGCGACAGCAGUGCUGUAAUAGCAGCAAAGAACAGUGAAUUGGAGGGCAGAUUGUUGCAGGAGAUAAAAGAAUUGAAGAAUGACGUUAAAGCGCUUUCUGAGGAAAAAGCAUUGCUAAAGCAGCAUCUGGACUCAGUCAACAGUACAGUUGCUGUCUUGCAAAAUGAGAAGAGCAAACUCCAACAAGAAGUUGCAGAAUCUAAAAAAGAACAGGACGACCUCCUGGUACUUCUCGCUGAUCAGGAUCAGAAAAUAUUGGCACUAAAGAACAAGCUCAAGGAACUUGGGGAACCGGUGGAAGAUGAGGAUGAUAUUGAAUCUGGAGACCAAGGUGAUGAAGAUGAAGAAGAGGAGGGGGAAGAGGAAGACUAAUAGUGCUUUAGUGUCACCAUGAGAACAUUAGAGGUUGCAUUAUAAUACAAAAUUAAACUAAUGCUGUUGACCUACAAAGUAAAACAUCCACUUACGGAACCAAAUGGGAAAAUAAUGUUCUGAUUUUCUGAAGUGAAGUGUUUGGAAACCAUCAUAGGUGAAACAAAAAUCAGUGUUAAGUUAAACAAAAGCAUCCCAACUUCUAACCGUUUAGAAGCCGCUUUAGACACUGUUUAAAGCAUGAGGGUGACAAUGCUACUGCCUUAGUUUAUUGUCUUUUACAGAAGUUCUGUGCAUUUGUCCAUCAUUUUAAUGUUUCUUUGGAACUCUAAGGUGAUUAAAUACAUAUGUAUUUGGUUUAACAUCUGUUGAAUGGAAUCAUUGCUUCUACAUUCAGCAUGGAGCUAAUGAGAAUUCAUAGGUUCCUUUAAAAUAAGUGGUUAUGUUGGGGAAGGGGGGCUGGGUGAAUUGGGAAUUGUACACACCCAGCAGCUUCCGAUUCAAGUGUACUAAAACAAAUGGAACUGAACAGUGUCACAUGCCUUGACACCUGAAAUGGCUGCACCGCAGUCUGUACCUCAGUGAAGAAACCCAAGGAAACUGCACCAUUAUGCUAACAACGAGGAGGGAGUGGCACAGAAACUUGCAGCGGUAUGGUAGCAUUUCUAAGCUGAACUUCUCUAUAUUUUUAAAAAAAAAAACCCAAACACCGUUCAUCCAAAAGAUUAAAUGUGCUACCAGAUCAUCAUAAAUGAUUUCCUUAUAUUCUUGAGUAAAGAAAUGAAAAUACAACUGAUUUAUGUAAUUUAUUGGCUCUUGUGCAGAGCAGAUAAGAGAAUAGAUUUUAAAAGAGCAAAAUUAAUACACAAUGCGUAAAUUUCAUGUUUUGGUAAUAAAAAUAGAUAUGUCCAUUUAGUAUUCGUUCA